ACACACACACACAGAAGUACUCGCUGGCGGAGCGGGAGUAGCAGAUGCAGCUGAGCGUUAAGAAGAGUAGCAGAAGAAGAGUGGUUACAGACCUCCAGUGUCCGCUCCACUGUGUCACCAUCUCAGCAGAGUCAGGAGGAUUCCCGCCGCUCUGUGGGACCGGACGGCUCCUCACAUUUCCUCACCCCAAGUGUCUCUUACCUUCCGCAGCUGGCUCUGUGCUGGGCUCGGGGGGAAACACCUGCCAGACUGAGCCUGAGGCGGACAGAGUCACAGAGGUGAAGGACACUAGCAGUCAGUCUCAACCAUGGAGCUCUCCAACACUUCGAGGAAACUUGCUCUGCUCUCACUCACCUUUCUGUGGGUGCUCUCAGGUGUAUGGGCCCAGAUUCAGAUGCCCAAGCCCAGUAUCGAAGUGAUCCAGGGUCAGACGGUGGUUCUGGGAGCCUUGUAUAGCAUGGGGCCCGGCAGUGACCUGAGCCUCAACACCAUCAUCUGGAACUUUCAGACACCUGACACCACCCAGCUGGUCAUCUCCUACAUCAAAGGCUCCAUCAGCGUGGACAGCCCCCAGUUCAAGGGCCGUGUUGGCUUCAGCUCCAGCAUGCCCUCAGAAAAUUUGUCUCUGAACAUCAACGACACCCGGGAGUCCGACUCAGGGCGCUACCUCUGCCAGGUCAUCAGCCCCAUUGGCCCCAGCCACACCGCCCAGCUCUCUCUGGACGUGAAGGUUCCUCCUGCGGUCCCUAAGUGCUCUGUGUCGGGGAAGCCGGUGCUGAAGGGCAACGUGACUCUGAGCUGCACCUCCAGCUCCGGGAAGCCCCUCCCUCUAUACCGGUGGAAGAAGAGCAGCCCCACCUCUGAGGUCUUCUUCUCCCCCAUGCUCAAUGAGAAGACCGGCACUCUGAAGUUGAGCAACCUGAGCAGCAACAUGUCGGGGAAGUACGAGUGCACCGCCAGCAACUCGGCUGGCUCCGAGAGCUGCUCCAUCAACCUGGAUAUCAUCACCUCCACCAAUGUGGGGAUGAUUGUUGGAGCCACAGUGGGCUCAGUCAUUGGCUUCAUCUUCCUCCUCCUCAUCUGCCUCGUUUUCCUGGUGAAGAUGCGGAGAAACAACGAGGACGACAUGGCUAACGAGAUCAAGGAGGACGCUCAGGCUCCUAAGCGUGUGUCCUGGGCUAAGAGUGGCAUGGGAUCAGACAUCAUCUCUAAGAACGGCACCAUGUCCUCCAUCGGCUCCAGCCCUCACCACAAAGAGCAUUCCCACCACCACCUGCAGCAGUACCCACAGCGCCCCCCCUCAGACACCGCCUCCAUCAUCACCGCCACGGGCAGCAUGGCCGGAUACCGCCCGUCCCGCCAUCAUGGCGCCUCCACCCCCACCCAUUACAGCUACAACAACAACAGCACCCUGCCGCGGGGGCAGGCCAUCCCCUCUGAGGCCAGCACCAACGGCAGCUCCCUCCCCAGGCCAGAGCGCUACACCCAGCUGCCCCAGGCCCAGGUGCUCCCGCAGACCUACAGCCAGCCUCAGCACCUUCAGGCGGCCCCCGUCGCCCCACCGCUGCCCACUUCCACGGUCACUGCCUCAAACAUCGCCCGCAUGGGAGGGGUGCCCAUCAUGGUGCCUGCACAGAACCAGGCGGGCUCUCUGGUGUAAACAGAAAAAGGACAGCCCCUCACACUUGGGGGAGGUCAGCUGCAGAUGUUUAAAGGAAGUCUAUAACUCGUAUUUAGCGGUGAAUACAGCAGACGGAAAAUCAAAUCCACUUCUGACGCUGCUCUCACUGUCGGAAACAAACUGUUUUCCUCAUACUGUUGUCUUUUAUAUUCUUUAUGCGCUCUUUACAUUUCAAACUGUAUGCUGUGGAUAUGAUUUUCAUACAUUUGUCAAGUAUCCACUUUUCUACUUUAUCAAAUGCAUUUCUAACGUUAUAUUUCCUUUGUUGCAUAUUUUUCAAACGUGUAUUAUACUUUUUCUCCUGCAAGUUCCACAGAAUGAAGCACAUGGAUCAGGACUGGGGGCUUUCAUGCGUGUCACUUGAAUAUUAAAUAAUGAAGAAGAGGGCUACAGGUCAGCUGAGCUGUGUCCUUUAUCUUUAUAUUAACAAACCUAAAGAUAGAAAAUAGAUUUUAGCACUCUAUAUCAGAUAGAGGAGUGAAUGUGGCUUGGGUGGGGGGCUGGGUGUAGAAUAUGAAGAUGUGUAAUAAUGAGGGUAUUGCUGCAGCAGAAGGACAUUAUAAAUGAUGCAGGUUUGGCAUUGCAAAACAUUUUAAUCCUUCUUUUGGCUUUACUUCUGUCGGUGGUUCAGAUUAUAAAAUGCUCUUAGACUGAAUUCUUUAAACACAGAUUAGCAGAAGCCUCUUAGAAUAUUGAGCAGUAUUUAGAAAUGCUGUUUGGUGACUGCCUAACACGAGUACAAACGUUGAAUAAUUUAAAGUUGCCUGCUAAAUUGAAAUUGUAAAUAUGAUAUUUAUUGUCUUACAGCAUAGCAUCGCAUCCGGCCGGUAAAGGGAAAAUAAUACAGGUCACAUGUUUGCCUGCAACACUGCAUACUGAACCAAAGAUAAACAGGAUGUAACGCUUCAUUAUUUCAACAUGUAUUUUAUUUGAUUUGAUUUCCGUUUUUUUCUACUUCAGGUCAGUUGAAAAAAAAUCUUUUUUUGCCAAGUCCCAGUAACAGGAAGCUGAUAUGAGUUUCUAAAUCAGUAUCACUGUUGUCCACGUGUUUUUCCUGAAGGUGCUCUGAUACCAUUUCCUAUCAGGAGAAACACCUCCUUAAAGUUGGGGGGUUUAAAGCUACCUACAGAAUGUUCUCUAAUAAAUGUUGGUUUAAUUCGCUACAGAUAGUUUUCAAUAAAAAUACUGGUGCAUCAUUUUCAUAAAAGAUGUAUACCGCUGAUCUUUGAUCAGUCAGUAUUGAUGAAUAAGAACAUCUGUAGCUCAUUAACUCACUACAUGAUACAUCGAUCAUUGAGAUUCUGAACUUAUAAACACUGAAAUGUAAAGUCUUAAUGAUUAUAUAUACACACAAUGCAACAUGAACUGUGGUUAAAAGACUAUAUAAAACUAGAAAAGUAUUAUUGUAAUCAUGUUUUUUUCUCAUUCUGUCCACUUUCAAGUCACACAAAUGCCUAUUGCGAUAUAAUUAGAAUUCUUUAGUGAAAAUAAGAACAUAUAUGUAUAAAAAUAGUGAUCAUACUAUCCAUUCUGCUGUAUUGUCAUUACACUGGAGCGUGUUUGUGCAAAAGAUGUCAGAAGAACACGUGCCGCUCUGAACAUGUGAUGACUGAAGCCUGACAGGACCGAGCAUCUGGAAGCUUCAUGUUGGUUUUCAUAGUUUUUACUACAUUAAAGCCAAAUGACCUGAGUUCAUGGGGGAAGUGGUUAGAAGUCAUUUACAGAGCUAAUAUGUUGAACUAGCGAAUGGCAGUGUACAUUAUGAACAUAACAUGUAUUCAAGACAAGCCUUUAUUUUUAUACAGUGAUGUAUAAGAGCACAAAGCAGUGAGUUUAACCAUGAUGGAUUGUACCGGGGGCCAAACGCGUCAUCAUGUAUGCAGUAGACCUGACCUGUGGACGUGGAUGUACAGUGUGCACUUGUAUUCUCCAUAUUUAUGUUUAUGGAAAAGCUUUGUAUAACAUUUUCAAUUAAAAGAUAAAUUAUCA